AUGAAUUUUUUAGCGGUGGCCGUCGUAUCGUUCGGAACUUACGUCCUCUGGUCUGAAGAGAACAUUUUGACACCACAGAAGGCCUUCGUCUCCCUAGCCAUUUUCAACCAAAUCCGGCAACCCAUGAGGAUUAUGGCCCAGUUCAUCAACAACCUCGUCCAGGCCUCUGUCUCCGAAAAACGGCUUCGAAUCUUCCUGAACGCCGAGGAGAUGCGCAAGCACAAGUGGACCAGCAGCGAGCCGAACUUUGCGAUCCAGAUGGAGCAGGUCUCGAUGAACUGGCGAGGCCCCGACUUCAGCGCGGAUCUGCACAACAUUGACCUGGAGAUCCCAGUAGGGUCGAUGACCACCGUAGUUGGGCAAGUCGGAAGCGGGAAGAGCAGUUUGAUAGCGGCAGUGUUGGGCGAGAUGAACGUCUUGGGCGGGUCGGUGAAGCUGACCGGCCGCAUCGCAUAUGUCCCUCAGCAACCGUGGCUCCAAAAUGUCAGCAUGCGCGAGAAUAUCGUCUAUGGGCGCAAAUUUGACGUGUUCUUCUACAAGAAGAUCGUUGACGCUUGCGAGUUGCAGCCGGACUUCUCCAUUUUCCCGCAGGGUGAUCUGACCGAAGUUGGAGAAAAUGGUGUCACCCUCUCUGGAGGUCAGAAAGCCCGCCUCGGAUUGGCCAGAGCCCUGUAUCAAGAAGCCGACAUCUACCUCCUUGAUGAUGUUCUCUCUGCUGUAGAUGCUCACGUCGGAACGAACGUCUUCGAGAAGGUCAUCAGCCGCCGAGGUUUGCUAGCAGGGAAAACUCGAAUUCUGGUCACUCACGGGCUUCAGUACACCCAAGAAGCCGAUAAUAUUGCGGUGAUGAAAGGUGGCCGUAUCAUCCAACAAGGCACCUAUUCCGAGUUAAAAUCUGUUGACGGCACUUUCAACGAGCUUCUCCAAGAAUACCACAAGGCCCAGAAGCAGCUCGACGAGGAGAAGGUGGACAGCGAGACUGCUACCAUCCCCGGAAAACGCCGAACCCGCCUCAGCUCGUCGGUCUCUGAAAAAGCGAAAAGCGGCAAGAAGAUCAACUUUGUCGAGCCGAAAAUGAACAAACCAGAGCACAUUGCGACCGGCAGGGUAGAUAAAUCCGUGUACUGGAUGUUCUUGAAGGCCGCCACGCUCAAGCUUUCAUUGUCAUUUAUCGGAUUCCUGUUGAUGCACUACGUCUUGUUGUCGGCGAGGUCGAUUUGGUUGUCGAAGUGGUCCGAUGCUGAAGCCAGCGUGGCUAGAAACACUACGAUGUCGGUCUACGAACGACUUGGUGUAUACACACUUUUGGGAGCUUUGGAAGUCGUUGCCAUCAUCCUCGCCCUCACCUUCCAAGUGAUGGCCAUGCAAGCAGCGUGUAUUCGACUCCACCAGCCUCUCUUGCACAGUAUUCUCAGAUCCCCAAUGCAAUUCUUCGACACGACCCCGAUCGGCCGGAUCCUUACCCGGUUGAGUCGGGAUCUCGAGGUUGUAGAUGCUCAACUCCCACAAAAUCUUCGCCAAUUCUCGCAGUGUACGUUACAGGUGCUCAUGAUCCUUUGCCUGAUCUCAUACUCCACGCCGGUGUUUAUUCUCGCUAUCAUCCCGCUCACGUUCUUCUACUUUUUGAUAUUGCGCUACUUUGUCCCCACCGCUCGUCAACUGAAAAGAUUAGAAAGUGUCAAAAGAGCUCCAAUCUUGUCCACCUUCGCUGAGACAAUCGUCGGCGCGACCUCAAUUCGAGCUUAUGGCAAGGUCGAUGACACUUGCAACUCCUUUGGAUACAUCGUCGACAAGAAUAUUCAAUGCCGACACCUUACUAUGGCCACGAAUCGAUGGCUAGGAAUACGUCUCGAACUCCUCGGUAACAUCAUCGUGCUCCUCGCCGCCCUGAUGGGCGUCAUCUCAACCCGAUUUUCCGUGAUCAGCCCCGGUCUGCUCGGGUUGUCCGUGUCGUUUGCUUUGAGCAUCACGGAACAACUCAAUAUGGCCGUGCGGAUGCUGGCUGAUCUGGAGUCGAAUAUCGUAUCCGUCGAGAGGAUCAAGGAUUAUACUGGGCUGGAUGAGGAGAUGGAAUGGCGCUCGGAUUGCCCACCAGAUACGCAAUGGCCAGCUGGCGGCAAGAUCAACUGGAGCGAGUACUCCACCAAGUACAGGGAAGGUCUUCCACUCGUGUUGAAAACGCUAUCGGUUACCAUCGACGCCGGAGAGAAAGUGGCGGUUGUUGGGAGAACUGGAUCAGGCAAAAGCAGCUUGACCCUCGGUCUGUUCCGACUUGUCGAACCGGUCGAUGGCCGGAUUACGAUCGACAAUGUCGACAUCUACAACAUCGGGCUGCACGACUUGAGGGAGAAAUUGACGAUUAUACCCCAGGAACCAGUCCUGUUCUCCGGCACCCUACGCUUCAACCUCGAUCCGUUCGAGAAGUAUUCCGACGCGGAACUGUGGGCAGCACUGGAUGCUUGCCAGUUGAAGGACUUCGUUGAAGAUAAGGAGGAGAAGCUGGACUACAAGAUCGCCGAGGGAGGGAAGAACAUGAGUGUCGGUCAACGCCAGCUUGUCUGCCUGGGCCGAGCCAUCCUCCGGAAGGGCCAAAUUCUGAUUCUGGAUGAAGCGACGGCAGCUGUUGAUGUGACUACUGAUGCUCUUGUGCAGCAGGUAAUCCGCGACAAAUUUGCCGACGCUACCGUAAUCGCUAUCGCCCAUCGGCUGAAUACGGUGGCUGGAUAUGACAAAAUCAUGGUGCUCGAAAAGGGUGAACUUGCCGAAUUUGACGCCCCGCAGCGUCUCCUCGCCGACAAAAAUUCGCGAUACGCCCGCCUUGUGGAAAAAUCCAAACACCAA